AUUUAUAUCACUCUCCCCUUUCUUUACUCGCACCCCUAUAUUUCAUCACUUUCCACACGCACCAUUUAUGCUGGUCAAUGUAAUUAGUUUAGAUUAGACGACAAAUUAUUUAUUCUUUUCAUUUCUUUUUUGUAAGAUUUAAGAAUGCCCCCCAAAACGAAAGAGGCUGCGGCGACGGCGGCGGCCGGUGAUGGGAAGCUGCGAGAAAUUCGGAAGGAGCCAAUGCAUUUCAGAGGUGUGAGGAAGAGGCCAUGGGGCAGGUACGCGGCGGAGAUCAGAGAUCCCGGCAAGAAGAGCCGCGUCUGGCUCGGGACCUUCGAUACGGCGGAGGAAGCCGCCCGGGCGUACGACCAAGCCGCCAGAGAGUUCCGAGGAGCCAAGGCCAAGACCAAUUUCCCGGUGCCGGAGGAUCUCAAUUUCGCAUCUCGAUUCGAGCCGAAAGCGACAGGGGCAGAUCGCCGGAGCCCGAGCCAGAACAGCACCGUUGAAUCGUCGAGCCUCGACGGCUGUCGCGUCUCUUCCCCGCCGGAUCUCGCCGCCGCAAUCUCGUAUCAGAACCAUCAGCCCGUUGUGUAUCCCGGAAGCCAGAUGUUUUAUGCGAACGCGCUCGCGCGUGCGAUGGCGAUGAGUCAUCCGCCUCCGCCUCCUCAGCCACUAAAUCGGAGACGAAUCGAGACACUGAAUUUAUUCUGUGGAGAUAACGGGGAGACAAAUUCUUCGUCGGUGGUUGAUUUGAGGGGCGGAGCUGGCCUCAUCGAUCUCAACUUACCACCGCCUGAAUGUUAUCUAUAGGUGAAAUUUCAUUUCGGAUUAAAUUAUAGGACGGCUGAGGAACGCCGGCGGCCGAUGACUGAAAACACUGUGCCCAAGUUCUGCGGCUGUUGUUUAGCGAGCAGUCAUCAAUUUGAUGUGCAUAUUUUAUCAUCUUACAAACUUCAACCUGGAUAGGUUUCCAGAUUUUGUUUUACCAAUAAUCAUAAUUUAUCAUAUUAUAAUAAUAAUACAAAUUUCAAUGUUAAUUCAUACUAGGACUAGUAGUAAUACAAAAGUCCUCCUUCUGUCCCGAUACGAUAAUUGUCUCAUUUUACUAUUUCGGUCCG